CUUCUCCAAGAAGGAAAACUAUACACUUUCUUUGUUGUAUAAACCCCCUCCCCCAAAGUAUCCACCUGGUUCUCAUUGUCCGACGUCGUCUCGGAGACUCGAUUCUGCAAGUGAGGCAGCAGCGAGCGACGGUCAACUUCUCCUAGAAUCUAAGUUUUCUUCGCCGGAGAAGAGGGUUACAGGCAGCUGAGAAUGGAGACGAUGAUCAAGGUGGGUCCUUACGGGGGAGGGGAGGUAUAUAACACACCUUGGGAUGAGAAAGGCCAAAGAAUGGUAACCCAGAUCUUCAUAUCCUAUGACAGUUCAUGGAUAAAGUCCAUACAGACUGCAUAUAACACUCUGGAUGGAAAACUGCAACUAUCUGAUAAACAUGGUGGAGAUGGAGAAAUAUUCACAACGAUUGAUAUAGAUUAUCCUUCUGAGUUUAUUACUGGUAUUAGUGGUUAUAACUGGUAUUGGUACAAAAAUGAAUUAGCAUUGAAGUCUUUAACUAUUGAAACCAACAGAAGAAAGUUUGGACCCUUUGGGGAACAGGUUGGUAAGAGCUUCUGCAUUCAGAUGGGAACCAACAGAUGCUUUGCAGGAUUUCAUGGAAGGUCAAACUCAUCUUUUGUCCACUCAAUUGGAGUUUAUAUUAAGCCUACCAGUCUACUUGAGGAUACCACAUCAAGUACCCACAAGAUAAAGCUGGAAAGAAAGUAAAAACCUUAAAUGAAAUAUUCUGAGAGUAGUCUACUUAAUGUGUCACAUUACCCUCAUGCAAAGGUGGUAAUUAGACUAGUAAUUGUUGGAUAGAAUAGAUAUAUUGCAUGUCUGAACUGCCCUUUGUGUCAAAUUUCAGAGAUCAGUACAAAUCAUAGAUACUCUUUCUAUCAAAAA